GACCCCCGCAUGGUCAGACUUCAGAGCGCCCGAGCUCCGCCGCGAGACAGGACAGCGGCCUCACCCGUCUCCGCCUUUUCAAACCACCCCACCUCUCCUCGUCGCCGCCUUCCCUCCGCUUCCACGCGCUCCAUUCCACCGCAUGCCGCCACGGCUGCUGCGCUGACCCAGCCACCUGCUCGUCCGUUCCGGCCGGCGCUGCCCCCACAAUAAAGCCGGCGGCGGCGCCGAUCGAUAUGCGGCCGCGCCGGCUGCCCCCGUGCCUGGCGGCGACGGCGCUAUCCGCAGCGCUGCUGCUGCUCGUGCUGCUCCGUACUUCCUCCUCCUCAUCCUCCCACGCGCCGCUCCUCGCCUGGCCGUCAUCCCGCCACCCCACGCCGCCGCUGCCGCCGGCAGCGGCGCGGGCGGAGUGGGGGCCCAGCCGCCCGCCGUCCCUCGCGUACUGGAUCUCCGGCACGGGCGGGGACGCGCGCCGCGUGCUGCGCCUGCUCCGGGCGGUGUACCACCCGCGCAACCGCUACCUGCUGCACCUCGACGCCGGGGCGGCCGCCGAGGAGCGCCAGGCGCUGGCGGAGGCGGUGAGGACAGAGGAGCCCGCGUGGAGGGAGUUCCGGAACGUCGACGUCGUCGGGGACGCAUACGCGGUCGACCGGACCGGGUCCUCGGCGCUCGCCGCCGUGUUGCACGGGGCGGCCGUCCUCCUUAGGCGAGGGCCCCACUGGGACUGGCUCGUCACGCUCAGUGCAGAGGACUACCCGCUCGUCACGCAGGACGAUCUCCUUUAUGCUUUUUCUUCUGUUCCAAGGGACCUCAACUUUAUUGAUCACACAAGUGAUCUGGGAUGGAAAGAGCAUGAAAGGUUUGAAAAGAUUAUUGUUGACCCAAGUCUAUAUAUGGACAGAAACACUGAACCCAUCCUUUCAAAAGAAACAAGACGAAUGCCUGAUGCAUUCCAGAUAUUCACAGGUUCUCCGUGGUUAAUUCUGAGCAGGAGCUUCACUGAACACUGUGUGCAUGGUUGGGACAACCUACCCCGCAAACUGCUGAUGUACUUUGCCAACACAGCUUACUCCAUGGAAUCCUACUUCCAGACUCUCAUCUGCAACUCCUCUGACUUUCGAAACACAACAGUCAACGGCGAUCUGCGGUACUUUGUCUGGGACGACCCUCCAGGCCUCGACCCGCUUGUUCUUAAUGAAUCAAACUUUCAGAACAUGGUAAACAGCAGUGCUGCCUUUGCAAGGCGGUUCGAGGAGGACGCGCCAGUGCUGAAGAAGAUGGAUGAUGAACUACUGAACCGGUCCCGGGUCCAGUUGGUUCCUGGGGUUUGGUGUCCGAACUUGGGGAAAGAACAGAGGGAGGUGGAUAUGGACUCGUGCUUGAAAUGGGGUGAUAUCAAUGCCGUCAGACCUGGUCCUGCUGGGGAGCGUCUCAGGCGGUUCAUUUCUGAGAUCAGUAAGACUAGAGGUUGCGGGCUUGCAGCUAGCUGAAUCAAUUUUGGUGUUUGUUAAGAAGAUAAUACUUUGGAUAGAAUUUUGGGAAGCAAAUAAUGGCUGCAGUGAGUUCCGUGAUGGUAUCAUAUGGAAAUGGCCAAAAGUUCCAGAUUCAGGUGAUGGGAAUCCAAGACUGUCUCGUCCAACUUUUCAAGAUUGCAUAUUAGCAGUAAUGUUUAUACAGUCUAGGUAUACAAUACAGACUAGGAGAUAGAAGUGGCAUCGGCUGUAGUUGUCAGGACCAUCUUGUUGUCACAACACCCCUUUUGUAUAGAUAGUAGUUGUGAGAUAAGUAUACACGUAUGUAUAAUGUUGACACUGAUGAUACAACUAUUUGGUCUGAUGUUCAAAACUUGAGGAAAAAUGAUAGUUUUCUUUCCUCCGAGAAAAGACUGUUGCAAAUUCUGCUAAUGAGAGCCUGAAGAAAGAAGAUCACCCUCAUUUGGGAUAUUUUCAUGUA